CGGGGAUGAACUCUGAGAUAAGGGUAAGGUAUAAGAACAGUUUAUAGAAUCUAUUCUAGAUAAUGGGGUCACUAUCUCUGUAGUUAGUUAGAGUGCAUGCAGAGGAUACAGAUUACAACAAUCUUUUUUUCAUUUUCAACUUAAGUGAUUUUUCCUUUAAUCAAUUAUUAUGGAAGCACUAUUCCUUUCCCUUCCCACAAUCACCGUUACCAAUUCCAAUCUCAACUACCCUUCUCUCAGUGCCGCUUCUGGUUAUGCCUCACUCUCUUCCUUACAACACCGUCCUUCUUCCUCAACCAUACUCUUCACUAUGAAGAAGAGUGUUGUUCGUGUGCAAGCUGAGAAUGAAGAUUUUGAAUUGAAGCAAGUGAGGGAUAUGGCUGCUGCCAAAAAGAGAUGGGAAGCUCUGCUCCGGGAAGAAAAAAUUAAGGUUCUUACACCAAAGGAAGCUGGGUAUGCAGUUCAGCUUUCAAACAAGCCCCUUCUUGAUGUCCGCCCCUCGAAUGAACACAGCAAGGCAUGGGUGAAAGGUUCGACCUGGAUUCCAAUAUUUGAUGUCGAUAAUGGGCUAGAUAUUGGAACUAUUCCUAGAAAAGUUUCAAACUUUGCUAUGGGCGGUUGGUGGAGUGGCAUGCCUACAUUGUCUUUUGACAACUCGUUCUUACCCAAAGUUAUGGAGAAGUUCCCCAAAGAUGCAGAAUUAAUUGUUGCAUGCCAGAAGGGACUGAGAUCACUAGCUGCAUGUGAACAACUGUACAAUGCUGGCUACACAAACCUAUUCUGGGUUCAAGGAGGCUUCGAGGCUGCUGAAGAAGAGGAUCUUGUAGUGGAGGGUUCAGUGCCACUCAAGUUUGCUGGAAUCGGUGGUGUCUCGGAGUUCCUUGGUUGGACAGAUCAACAGAGAGCCGCUGCAGCCAAGGAAGGCUGGGGAUACAGAUUAGUGUUUUCUGCACGCCUGAUUGGACUAUUUCUUGUUGCCGACGCAUUAUUUAUCGGUGCUCAGCAAGUUGGACGCUAUCUUCAGGAAAUCAGGACCCAUUGAGAUUCUACGGCUACAUUUGAGUUAUUGAUUAGUCCUUGUGUAGACAAUGUUCUUUGUUGUGGAUGAGAAAAUAGAGACAACAGGCUGGGGAACUCAAUUUUGAAUCCCGACCCUCAGCAGACCCUCCUUUUGUUAGAUUUACUAGCCAGGUUCUAUCUGGAAUUUAUGUCACUACAUGAUUAUAAAUGCAAGUUUAGCUGGGAUGCAAUUUUAGUUUAGGUUUCUUCCAUGUGGCUAUGCACUUAUACAUAUGCUUUUUCGGCCAAAAUGUUGUAUGUAUCUUAGAAAUUUCCAGAACCCAAAAAAUGUCAUGAUACUGCUUCAUUAAUGUUAAUAUUUUCGCAUGUGUAUGUGUAUUGAAGCCGUUGAUA